AUGGAUAUUCUAUCAUUGGGGUUUACAUUAAACUCUAAAAAAUCAAGUAAGAUCCUAAAAGUCAUAAAUAAUAACAAUAGAAUCUCGCUUGCAAUAAAGCAAAAGUUCAAAAAAUUAAAUUCAUACACUAAACAAUAUUUAUCAAGUCAAUAUCUGAUUAAUCAACAACAAAAUGAAAUAAUACAAGAUAUUUUUAAAGAUGUUUAUUUUUUAUUAGAUUGUGAGAAUUUUAAAUUUGAUAAGUUAUCUGAUUUAAGUCUUAAUUCAUUACAAAAAAUAUACUCCAGAUUAGAUAAUGUUCAAAUUGAUACGUUAUCGAAAGAUGAUAAAAUAUUAUUUGAUUUGAUUAAUGAAUAUGUUUCAUUAGUUAUUAGUUUAAAACUAUCAAAUUCACUUAUUUUCAAAACAUUAAUAUUGAAAAACCAACAAAUAUAUUGGGAAAAUAUAUCAAAUUCCAUAAUAAAUAAAUUAAUAUAUUUUGUACAAAAGAUUCCAGUUAAUACUUUUAAUUUUGGUGUUGAAAUAUUUCAUAAGACUAACAAUAUAUUAUCAAGUAAUUUCAAACAAUCAAAUUUACCACCACCAAAACCAAAUCAAGGAAUAUUAACAAACUAUUGGAGAAAAUUCACCAGGUUUAAUUAUGCAUUUUUUAAAUCUAUUUUCCAAACUAUUGAAAUAUUAUUUGUUCAAGAUAAUCCAGUUAUAACAUUACUUUCCAAAACUGAUUCCAAAACUAAUCUUUCAUCAAUAAAAUACUACUUAAUUUCUAUAGUAAAAUUCCCAAUUACAAUAGUAAAUAAAGAAAUUUCAUCAAAAUUAAAAAUAAUAGAAAAGGAAAUUAAAUCAAAUACCAUCAAUAUUAAUACAUUAGUAACUUCAUUAAAUUCCGAAAACUAUUUACCUAUAGUUGAAAAAAUCUUACAAAUUGAUGAAAAUGGUUCAAAUCAAAUCUCACAAACUAUUCAAUCAGUUAUAAAAUUCGACCAAAAACAAUACACCGAUACAGAAAAACCAUCAUUUUUAACAAGAUAUUGGGUUUUAAUAGUUUUAUUUAUAAGGUAUGCUCCAUCACAAACUAAAAACAUUUACAACAAUAAAGAAGAAAUCGUACAUUGGAUUCAAUAUAACGGUAUAGAACCAAUCAAAGGUUUCUUCACUAAUUGGGUUAUUAAACCAAUCAAUGAAAUGUUAAAUAUUUUAAGAAGUGAUGAUGAAAUAACAAUAACAACAAAAGACUCCCUCAAAUCAGAAGUUGAUUCCCUUGAAAAAAUGAUUUAUGAAUUUGCAGAAGAUAAUCAUAUUACUAAUGUUACUCCACAAUUAAUUAAUCAAGAUAUUAAAAAUGGAGAUUUAAAAAUUAUAAUGAAUAGAUAUGAAAAUGAAAUUAGAUCACCUAUAAAAUAUUUAAUUAGUGGAUCUUUAAUUAGAUUAAUUUUAAUUCAAAUUCAAAAGGGAAAAGUUGAUGGUGGUGUUGCAUUAAAUGGAAUUGAUAAAUUAUUAAAAUCUCAACAAUUAGUGUUUGGAAUAGUAUCAAUGAGUCCAUCAAUUAUUAUUCUUUACCAAUUAUACAAUUAUUUCACAUCAUCUAAACCUUUAAUAGUUAAUGGUAAACAAUUAAGUAUUAUUUGCCUUAAGAGUUUAAAUAAUAUAGAAAAUUUAUUAAUCUUGUUGGAUUAUGAAUCACAACAAAAAAAAGACCAACCAAUUAAUCCAUAUGAAGGUGAAUUAUUAAUUGAAAUUAUAAAUUUAAUAUUAAAUUCAGAACCAAUUAUUCCAAAAGAAUUACAAAAUGAUUGGGUAUUUGAUUUAAAUGAAAUUAAUAAUAAUGAUUAUUCUAUAAAAAUUAAAUUAAAUUUAAUUUCUAAAAUAUGGAAUAUGUAUGGUUCUUAUUUUAAAUAG